GGUAGUAUUGAAGGCAGGGCAGCCGCUCGGCGCUGUUUGUUUUGCUCGGGCAGAUUUUGGGGGUGAUUUUCGGGGCGAGAGGGGGCAGUUAGAGAGUCGGAGCGGUCAGAUCGGCUUAUUUACCCCCCUGUCGAGGCACACAUGGCUCUGUGCGGCGGUGUCGGAGCCUCGGCCUUACCCAGCGAGCUGAUCGUCCACAUCUUCUCCUUCCUGCCGGACAGGGAUAAGCUGCGGGCCUCGGCCGUGUGCUCGCGCUGGCGGGAGUGCCUCUUCUACCCCUCGCUCUGGAGCGGCCUGAAGCUGCGCGCGCGGACCGGGACCGGCACCGGGUCCGGGUCCGGGAGCCCCGGCAACGGAACCGGGAGGCUCGAGUUCCUCAUGCGCCGGUUCGGCAGCUUCGCCCGCGAGCUGCAGCUGGAGCUCGACGGCGCGGCCCAGAGCGGCCCGGGAGACUCCGAGCUCGGGGAGCGCUGGAGGGAGGCGGCCCACGCUUACCUGGACCAGGUGCUCUGCCUGCUGGGCCACCUGCGCAACAACAGGAAUCUGCAGCGGUUGAGUCUGUACGGCGACACGUGCAUCCUUCAGGACGACAGCAUCCUGGACAGCUCUUACCUCGCCCAGAUCGACCACGGGGGCAAGAAGAUUAAAGAGAUACAGCAGUUGUUUGAGGAGAUCCUCUCCAACAGCCGGCAGCUGAAGUGGCUCUCCUCGUCCUUCAUGCUUGGUUUGGUGACCCCGUGCUCUUUAGCCUCUCUCUCCAACCCCAGCGCCGAAACCCUGGAGCACCUCAGUCUGCUGGACGGGCAGCUGCCCAGUCUGGUGUCCACGGCUGAGCUCCAGCGCUUGGUCCACCUGCGCUCGCUUUCCAUCGACUUCUGCGACUUCUCCUCCGAAAUGUGCCGGCUGCUUUCGGCCAGUGACCGCGCGCCCCUCCACCGCCUCUCCCUGCUGCUCAACGGCGCCGCCCUGGAGGCCAAACCGCUGGAUGGCACGGCCACUGAGGACGACCUGAAGGCGCUGGUCCGGCGCAGCGCUAACCUGCGUGUUUACCUGAUGGCCCUGGACGUGUGCAGUCAGGACCUGCUGCGGGUGCUGAAGCCCAGUCUGCCUCUGGAGCGGGUCCACCUGGACAGUUUCAGCACGCUGGUGACCGACGGCGUCCUGGAGCUCAUCUCGCAGCAGUACCACAAAACGCUCACGCAUUUCGUCCUGGUGAGGGACGACGGAGGCUUUCCCGACCUCAGCGUCAACCGCAACGAAGAUCCGCUGGUGCUGCUGGCCUGGAGGUGCGUCCACCUCGCCGUCCUCAUCAUCCACGGUUAUACGGUGUGGUCCCACAACCUGGUGGCCAUCUCUCGCCUGCGCGGCUCCAACCUGAAGGUGCUGACCGUGUCGGAGGAAAGCAUCGACUUCGACCCGGACCAGUCGGUGUUCGUCGAGGGCGACCCGGUGCACAACCUGGUGAAGGAGGUUUCCCUCGGGCUGGGCCGCGUGUGGCACCCCUCCAUGGACAGCAGCGUCAUCCUGAGCGACCCCACUCAGCACUUCCACCGCGAGAUGCUGAGCUUCAGCGAGGGAGUUUAAACCCAGCAGGGCCUUUAGCUUUUGUUUCGUUUUCCUCUGCACCCGCACCCACCCUGUGCUCGAUUAUCUCUCACGACAGGCCCUGUCUCAUUUUACAUACUCCUUCUUUUAUUUUUCAUUUCUUUGAGAUUGUUUUUGUUUUUUUUCCUUCUGUGUAGUGUGGAAUUAAUCCUUUGUAAGUGCUGUGUUUAACCAGUAUUAGCUCUAUAUUUAUAUCUAUCUAUAUAUCCUGCUUAUGAAAUAGGAAAGUAUAGUUGGGUAUCGGUUUAGUAGCUAACUGAGUGGAUGGUGGAGAGGGGCUUUUUUUGUUUAUUUUUAUUUUAUUAUUAUUUUUUUACACGGCUAGCUUAGAGUUGUACAGAGUAUUUUGCUUUGCUCGUCCGCUCCUACGUUGGGUUUCCUCUUCUAGAGUGUGGAGUUACCUCAAGAACUAUCAGUUUCAGAUCCAUCUUGGCUUUUAACGAUGACAAAAUCCCACGUUUUCUUUUUUUCCUUGACCUAUAGGGAGAUUAGUCUUCCGGCCGAGAGAACGGGCUGAUAGACGUCGAGCUACACCCCUGCAGCCUUCCUCGUUGUUCCUAACUGUUAUUUGAAGGUGGUGAUGUUGACGUUGUUGAUGUUAUUGUUGUUGUUGAUGUUGACGACGGCGAUGGUGUCGUUCGGGACGAAGAUCCCGCUUUUUUUUUUUCCCCCUCAACCUGGAAGUGGACGCGCUUCUGCUGGUGAAACCAACUGGCUGAGGUUCUUAAACCCUGCGGGCUGAGUGUCCGUCAGCACGACGGCCGGGCUCGGCUAACGGGGCUUUUAUCUGGGUCAAGUCCGCUCUGUCCGUCUCAGGUAGGCACGAACACCGUGACCUUGAAGAUGAGGGUGAUGAGGAUGAGUGACAACAAUCAGCUUUUCUCUCAGCUUUUGAAGGAAUGGUUCAAUCAGCGAUGCUGAUGUUGCUUAGAAGAAAAACGGAUGAUCACUUUCAGUCGAGGAAGUGGCGAAAUCGGUUUUUUGUCGGGUUCACAGUUAAAAGGCAAGCGAAGUGACCGCUGACCGCUGACCGCUUCCCUUCGUUUACAGGCCACGUUAGCAUGUUUGGUCAAGCUAUUCCUUUAAUCUGUUUAUCCAGUCACAGUUGCCUUGGAAACCCCCCCUUUAUAGGUUCUCAUAGCGGAUACGGAUCAAGUCCCCGUUACCUGUUCCUUCAAGACCAGCAGUCGUUCAGCGCAGAAGUCCCAUCUCGCCGUGUCCGAGCGACGGGGUGCGAGCGAUGCUCAGUGUUUCGGGGUGGACGUGAACUCGAGUCCCCACAGUAUUUCAUCAGCAGAGUGUUAGGAGGAGGGAGGCAGUGGCUACUCCGAUCCCCCCCUUCCCCCACCGUAUCUCAGGAUUCCUGCCCUUCCGGUACUUUUCCAGCGAAGGCUUUUGUCCGAGCUGUGUGUUCGGUGCGUCUGUGCGCUUGAUGGACACGAUAGUGAAGGUUUUUUAUUAUUAUUAUUAUUAUUAUUAUUAUUAUUAUUAUUAUUAUUAUUUGGAGAUUAUUGAAAAAAAGCUCUUCCAAAAUACUUCACAGGUGGAUUUUAUUUCUCUCUCGUGCGUCGGAUGUACGCUUUUACUUGCGCCGUUUGACAUUUUAAAGCUCGUAGUCUGGAGGGAAACCGUGGUCGCCUGCUUAGCGUUGGGAAAGUGAAUGUUGAACGACGGCCUUCGUUUCUUGUUUUAAUAAAAACGGCUCUCGUUUUCUGCUCUGGAGAUUCGGAAGCAUGUCUUUUCUCACGCACUGGGCGGCGAUGUUCGGAUGGAACGGGAGUUUUCGGUCUGAAAGGCUAACUAGCCACCCGCCUUCUCGCUGAUGGGCGUGAACUUUAGCCACAAACUGUCCUUCCUGUAAAAAACGUGUUCUUUUUAAAUGCUUGGCUGGCUCAGCCGACGCCAGUUGCAGUAAGUCUCCAUAUGCGAGCAUCAUGGGGGAAAUCUGGCUGCCGGUUAGCUCGUUGGCUUAAAGGAGCAGUUUGGUAAAAAGGUUUAAUUCACUCACCGUCACCCUUCACCUACACCAGGGGUGCACAGCUCCGGUCCUGGAGGGGCUGGUUUCCAGCACAGUUUGGUGAUUUAACUUCUAAGACGCACCUGAUUGCGUUUAUCUGUCAAUCGGCAGGUUAAUUUAAGUAGGGAGACCUCAAAACCGUGCUGGACACCACCGGCCCUCCAGGACCCCUGGUCUACACGCAGUCGAUCCACUACGCUACCCAAUCCUGAUCCUGGAAAUCUCCCACCCUGCAGAGUUCAGCUCCAACCCUAAUCCAACACACCUGAUCCAGGUAAUCGAGGCCUUCAGGGGCGUCUGACCGUCCGAUCCAGGUGUGUUGGAGCUGAGCUGCCCAGGGUGGUAGAUCUCCAGGGCCAGGAUCGCUGAGGCGUGUUUGGUGUCCUGGGGUUUGGAGCCGUGAGGCUAAUGCAAGCGUUUCGGUUCCAUUGACUUGCAUUGCUUGUUAGCUGCGUUAGCCAUGUCAUCUUUUAGCUCCAGUGCUAAAAAACCAAGGAGGCAAACUUCAGACACCCGAUCGACUCCGUUUUAUGGAAGAAGGGAGGAUGUGCGAACUUUUUUUUUUUUUUGUUUUGUUUUUUUUAAAUGAACUCCCGCUUUAAUAGAAAACAAAUCGAAAGCAAUCAACCAAUGAGACCCAAUCAGUCCAGAGCCUGCAUGUAAGGUGCCUCUCUAGAUGAGCUUAAACCUGCAGUGUAUGCAUGAGAAACAGAGAUUCAGCUUAAGGAAUAGUGAUCCAAGUGAAAAUGCAUGCCAGUCGUGGGAUUCUGACGUGUUCGUUUCGAGAAGUCCCGUUUCUAUUUUUAGUACCACGCCAAAAAGGAUCUAGAUAAGAUUGUUCUAUAUUUGGAGGUUUAAUAUUGUAUACUGUUCCUUGUCGUUGGAUGAGGGUGGGUAAGUGACGUCGGUGUGUAAACUGCUUACGCGUUCAUGCUGUGCCUAAACCCAGAAUAGCUUUCGUUUCUCGAAGCCCACACACGGCGUCCGUGUUCGUCUCCGGUCCGCAGAGUCGUGUCUAGUGUAGCGAUGGACGGGUGUAACUAAGACGUUAGCGUAUUAAAGCAUCAGCGUGUUUUUCCUCCUUAUUUUCCUGUUUUUUAAAUUUUUUUGGUUUGUUCUCUUUGUGCACUCAUGUAUCGUGUGUUGUGUUUCAAAAAAGUGCAUACGUCAGAGAAGGAGGUGUGGAGUCGGGAGGUGUACCACUUUCUCAGCAGUGAACAGGAAACAGCCUUUCUCAGGGUUCCGUCAGUUCAGUGGAGGAGGAGUCCAGUAGCUCAGGCCUCGAGUCGCACGCCUCUGAGGACGCGGCGUCGCUCUGCGUCCGCCUUCCGAGGAGCCCCGGGUCCCGGCUGGUUUUCCCGAUAGGGGGAAAAACUGCUGCUAUCUCAAAAACGUUCCAGAGCUGGUUUCUCCGUGUACGCCCCCCACCCCCCCCACGAGGUUUACUGAGGUAUGAGGUCAUUAAGGAGUCAUAAUUCCAAUAUUGCUGCAUUAUAAUGCAUCAUAAGCUGACAUCGUGAGACAGACCUCACCAAAAUACCCAGCGAGCUUCGUCAAAUGUCAUCGUUUAGAGGCCGUGCUUUGAUUAUACACUUGAAACUGAUGGUUGUUCAAGGGUUCUUCGGUGAAGUGGCGUAGAACCAUGUGUUCUGUGUAGAAACAUCUGACUCAUGGUGAAUUUGUUCUUCAGAUGAAUGGAGAAUGUGUUGUGAGUGUGGUUCUCUUCUGACAAGCUUAUCAUAGCAGUGGGACUUCGGUUACAACACGUUCUCCGUCCGUCUGAAGAAUCAUUUCACCAUGCAUAGAACCUUUUUAAGCAUGAAAUGGAACCAUUGCUUUUACUAAAGAGUCCUUAACACUCCUCCUGUGUGUGGCUAAAAUCGUAGACGUUCUCUUGUUAAUAGUGUUGGCUUGGUUCUGGCUUUCAGCUUAAAAGGGAAACGGUUUUUCCAAAAAUUUACAACUCAGUUGUUAAAACAAGCCGGACGUCUUUACAGUGGUGGUGAUGGGAACCAGGCGUUGCCAUGACUCUCAUAAAACAGCGUCUCAGUCAUCAGGCAGUGAAUUCAGAACCAGUUCAUGUAGGAACUUUCUGUAGGAGCUUUUAGAGGGACGUCUGGUUCCCAUCACCACCACUGUGAGCAGCUCUGACUCGGUAAGAGACACCGAACCGAACCGCUCUGUUUACAUCUUUCCCUUUUAACGACCUCGUAAGUCGGAGGACGGCGACUCUCCUGGGGGUGAAAAUGUGCACGUUUUUGUUGGGCUCGGGGGAAAAUGUUGCGCCUUGGGCGGCGAAGCGACUCCGCGUCCUCAGACGUUUAAGUUUCCAUACGAGAAAUCAUAAAACCAAGUCACUGGAAUUUCGCUUCUGUCGGCGCGUCUCGUGUCAGCUGCCAAAGAUCACGGUGAUUCAACCUUAACGAAAGUGCCCGCGUGCUGGCAGAGGGCAGGGCCAACGGCUGAUCGGCCUCUAGAUGUACUGCGUACUACUAUAUUCUCUGACAGCUACUAGUAGACAUUAAAUGGGCUGGAGACGUGGAGGUUGGGCCGCUUUCGUGCUCCGCAGCUGUGCUGUGGCGUUUUUUUGUGUUUAUUUCGGGUCAACAGCAGUAGAUCUCUCUUAUAAAUGCACCUGUUUCACUGUGAAGAGUGAAUGUAAUUUAAAACUAUUGAAAAAAUCAAGGUUGGUUCUAUCAGACCUACUAAUAAGCUGCUAUGAGACGUGUAAGGAACAUUCCACUGGGGAGUUAAAGACAAACUAAAAUGGCCAAAUGUCUGCAUGAAAUGACUUUAUUUUUUUACUCUUCGAUUCCUUUUCGGGCUUGUUUGGGGGGGGCGGGAUCCUGAAAUCAGCGACGUGGACUGGUCUUUAGGCGAAAACCUUGGAGCGCAGGUGUGAUUGUGCCUCCCUCGAGUGUGAAGUGCGGGAGGGAGAUUAUUUUUGUGUAGACCAGUCGAUUGUUACAACUCAGUUGGAUCCCAGACUUUUUCUUUUGUUUUGUUUUGGCUUUCUUUUCUUUUUUGUUUUGUUAUUUAAGUUUAGGAAACGUUUAUAUGCAUUCGCAAUCCAGAUCUCUCUGUAGUGAAAGGAGAACAGCUGCAAGUACAGGGGGCUGCUCAGAAGCCUGAGAGAUCUCAGAACGCUGUACAAACCGUGGCCUGUAGAAGCUCAGUGAGCUUCCAGUUACCUUACUGCUCAAUGACCUCACGCCAGCUGCAAGGGGCGGGGCGGUGGGGAGAUGUUUUAGAUCGCUGUCGUGGAAACUUCAUAUCUCAAACGGUAACUUUACAGGAGAAGCGGGGGGAAAAAAACACGCUUCACUUUUAAUGCAGGUCAAUGGAACCAGACGUCCACCCCCUCCAAAGUGGUUUUGGGCCGUUUUUCUUGGUCCAUUCAUCGUGAAAUCUACACUCAUUAUAAAGGACAACAGGCAUUUUUUAAAAAUGAUGUCAAACUGCAAAACUGACCCUUUUACAGCAGAACCAGAAGAAAGAAACGUUCUCAACUUCUAAUCGAAGUCCGUUUAUCCUGCGAAGGGUAACUAGAGUUUUUACAUCAUGGCUGAGAAAGUGAAACACGUCAGAAAUGGAGAUGUCAGAUUUUUAGUGACUUGCAUAUCUGGAUCUCCAUUUUUCUUCUUUUUUCAGUUUGUGACGUAGCAUAAAUGGGGACCAGGCAUUUCCAAUCAUGAGAUUUACAGUAGAAACGGCCCAGUAUUACUCGGAAAGACGUCUGGUUCCAUUGACUUGCAUUAGAAGUAAAGUGUGGGGUUUUUUUUUUUUCCCCCUUUCUGCUGUGAAGUUACCGUGUUGGACCGUGUGAGGUGUGAAGUCUCGUUUCAACAGCAGCUUUAUUUAUAUAUAUAUAUAUAUAAAAUCUAGUGUGACCUUGGAGUCUAAACGAGUUUAUUUUUGAUGAAAUCUCAGUCACUUUAAGUAAAGGUCCACUGUAGGUCAAACAUCGCGCUGGACAUGGGUCUAACCACCCCACCCCACCGCCCCCCCACCACCCCCUUGCCGGUUUUCCUCUUCAGGCUGGCUCGCGUUACAACAAAGUCAGAAACUAUGCAAGUGGAAUGCAUAUGAUUCAGUGGCUUCUCACUUUAUUAUUUUUCUUUUUCUUUUCUUUUUCUGUCACUCAUAAAUGGAAAUGACUUACCUUGCAAUUAUACUUGGCCUUAUUAUUAUUAUUAUUAUUAUUAUUAUUAUUUUACGAUCUUGAUUCUUCGGAAGCCAACUCAGUUUCGGGGCGACCGUGGGUACAGACAUGGUCUCUAUGAGACUGGCCAGCAGGCCCCAGUUCUAAGUGGUACGAAUGUUGUGCAUUUGUUUAAAAUCAGGACAGUCUGCAAUAAAGAAGUGGCCAUCACGGGGCACGAGCAGUGCGAAGACCAGGCUGCUGCUUACCUUGUAAACGUAACGGCGAGUAAAAAAUACGAUACCUUACAGCGCAUAGGGGUAUGUAUAUAUCAUCAUACGUACUUCUAUGCCACAUAUGUCCGGGUUCUAUUUAUGAACAUGGAGAAAAAAUAGUUUAUAAGCGUUGUUGUUUUGCAAAAAUGGUUUUACCAUCUUAAAUGUUUAAUAUUUGGGCAGGUGUGUUCUGUCUACUUUUUGUCUCCAGUGAGCACAUAGCAUUGGGUUUUAUAUGUACAUCUACAAACAGGAACGUCCUCUGGCACAGGUGUGAACAUGCCAGGUGGGGAGAGAUUUUAUUGAUUUAGAAAAGUGAUCUGAGGUUCCACCAUUAAAGAAGGAAAACAAUAAACCUACGAGAAAAAAAAACGUAACUGACGUACGUGUUGGAUAAACCAGCCUGAAUGUUGAUUUGAAUCAAUGUUGAAUGAAUGCAUUUUCUUUUAAUCGGUAAAUAAAAGCAUUAAAAAAGGA